AUGCCAAAUACACCGCCACUGGAUGAUGGUGAUGAUGAGGCGAAAGAAUCUCCAGAUAUGAAAUUCGCUCGAAUGCGUCUCCAGCAUUUAAUUUCGCGUAUUAGAAAUGGUGAACUUCGCGCUCAAUUUCCUGUAUCGGGAAGUCGUCCUGACAAUGAAGCGGUAAACCCUGUAGAAUCUCGUGAUGUUCCUCGUGGUCCAGGAAGGCCGAAGAAACCUUUUCAACGUGAACGACCAAUUUAUAAUAUUAAUUUUGAAUAUUUAGGCGUAGUAUUUGAACUUCGUGGUAAACCUUUUGCUUUGCGAAGCUUUUCCAGUAAUGAAGCGGUAUAUUCACUAUGUCGAAUAUGGAUGCGUGGAAAAGAAGAUGAAUUAUUGAAAGAAAGUGAAAAUGAAAUUGAUUAUCCUGAGCCAGACGAUGAUUCCCUGGAAUUAUUGGCCACAAAAGAAAUAUUAGCAAUGCCAAGACCACGUGAAAAUAUUAGAUUUUCACCUUUCCCUGAGCCAAUCAAGAAAAAAACAUUUUCAACCAUUAAACCUAAAGAUGCUUCAGUGGUUCUAGAAGAUUACUUACCUCAUUGGAGAAACGUGAAGAACAGUUGGAAAAAUCAUCGAGAAAUCCGAGAUCGCCGAUAUGAUAAAAGUAUUCAUUUGCUGAACACCGUCUACAAUAUAGCCCAGCAGAACACUAUACAUAGCAAUUGA